AUGAUUUACUAUUUUAAAGAAAUCGAAUAUUCAUUGACCAAUAUGUAUAUUACAUCAUCAUCAUCAUCAUCAUCAUCAUCAUCAUCAUCAUCAUCAUCAUCAUCAUCAUCAUCAUCAUCAUCAUCAUCAUCAUCAUCAUCAUCAUCAUCAUCAUCAUCAUCAUCAUCAUCAUCAUCAUCAUCAUCAUCAUCAUCAUCAUCAUCAUCAUCAUCAUCAUCAUCAUCAUCAUCAUCAUCAUCAUCAUCAUCAUCAUCAUCAUCAUCAUCAUCAUCAUCAUCAUCAUCAUCAUCAUCAUCAUCAUCAUCAUCAUCAUCAUCAUCAUCAUCAUCAUCAUCAUCAUCAUCAUCAUCAUCAUCAUCAUCAUCAUCAUCAUCAUCAUCAUCAUCAUCAUCAUCAUCAUCAUCAUCAUCAUCAUCAUCAUCAUCAUCAUCAUCAUCAUCAUCAUCAUCAUCAUCAUCAUCAUCAUCAUCAUCAUCAUCAUCAUCAUCAUCAUCAUCAUCAUCAUCAUCAUCAUCAUCAUCAUCAUCAUCAUCUUUAUGUUAA